GUAGUGCAUCGCAGUAAGCGUACCGAUAUAAGUGAGAAAAGUUCGUGUUUUCUGUGUAAAAUGACCUGCAAGAGAGAAAAUAUUUGUUAAAGUUAUAGUUUUACUAGCGCACUUUAUCGAUGUGCACAAAAAUCUGGCAGGCGGCAUUGUUUUGAUUGUGUAUUUUAUGAAUUCAUCCGAGAGUUUCAGAGAGAAAAAUGCCACCACGAAGUAGGAAAGCUGCAGCGAAAGGAAAAUCCUCAAAAAAGCAGAAUGCAAACGUGCAGGAGAGUAAUCGGCAGCCCGUUGUGCUGCUAGAUAUACCCCGUAUUGCGAUUACGAGUGAGAUCAUGAAUAAACCUCGACGCUCGCGGAAUUUAUCGCGGGUGGACGAUUCCGUAAUAAUGCUUUCCAGCGCUGAAACAACGGCAGUGGAGCUGAAUGUCCAGGAACCAUCGUUGAUGAUGUUGACCGCGAUCGAGCCGGACAGACCCUCGACACGGUUGGGUCACACUGAUAUGACCUUGGAGGAAACAGGAAGACUAUCAGCACUGCGUAAUACAAGAUGGUACGAAGUAGAACGAACCAACACGAGCGAUAUGAAUAUCGACCAAACGUUGGCAAACCGGAGUGAUAUGCCAAAACUUUCGGUCGCUGUUCGACGCACCGGGAGUCAUCCCGCGCAGCCAAUGCAGGAAAUCGUUGAGCCAUCAACUCGUCCAAGCAGAAACCGAAGCCGCAGUCAGAAAUACUUCUCGGGGGAAUUCAUAACGGAAACGAGGCGCGCCAAGACUGUGCAAAGUAGGGGGAAGUCCGCAGCGAAUGGUGAAAGUAACAUUACCAAACGAAGCAAAAAUACUAGCAAUAUUAAUCAGCCUUCGGCUGGAACCCCCGAACGUGAUGUGGCUCUCCCCGAAUUAAGGACUUGUACAAGAUCGACAUCGAGGGCAAGAAAACCAGCGGCACAGGAUACGAAUCGUAAACGAGGGCAGUCGAAACAAAAAUCAGUGAAUAAUGAAUCGAUUAAUUCCAAUGUAACAAAGGAAAUGCUUAAAGGGCCACAUUCUGUUGAAGUUGUAAACAACAAAACAGAGGAGCAAGCUAAGGAAAUUCAGUCGAGGGAGAACAAUAUGGAAAUACAAACGCUAGAUGCAGGUGUGAGCAAUGUCACAAAACGGAACGAAAAUUUUGAAGCAAACAAAAACACUCGCCAAGAUGUCCAACUCAUUGAAGAAACUCCUAAUAGUAAAAAGACUCUUUCCGAUUCAAGAUCUCGGACAAGAUCGGCUUCGAGAGGUAGAAAGCCAAUAGCGCCGCAAUCGAUUGCUAAACGAGGGCGAUCAAAGCAGAAAUCUGCAGAUAAUCAAUCGAAUGAAGCGACGUUAAACGAUGAAUUGCAAAUAGUUCCAUCUGAAGUUCUCAGUUUGGGUACCGUUACAACCAGAAGACGACGUAAGUCUGUUUCGGAUGAAUGUCGGAACCUCUCGAAGCAAUCCACAAACAGCUUGUACGGAUCCAAAAAUGAAGUGCCAUCCAGUGUCAUUAACAAUGAAUAUUCAGAAUACGAACAAAUCAUUUCCGUUACUACGCGAAGACGUCGACCGGUUAUUUCGCAAGACACUCGAGAAGAAUCUGAAAUCGGUGAAAAAGAUCAAACCCGCAAUGCUUCACUCACUCAGGAAAAUUGUAGAGCCUCCGAUGAUUUCGCAGUCCCAAAAGUAACUGUGAGAAGGCGUAAUAAAUUGAAAACCACCAGUGAUAGUCAUAUCAGUCAAAGUUUGAUAACACCCCCGAAUGAAUGCUCUUCAGGCGAAGAUUUAUCCGAGAAGCUAGCAGAUACAGAGCAAUUUUCGAAUGUGUCGAAAAGAAGACGCCCCAAACCGAACCCUGAUAAAGACGUUGGCAAUACGGGAUCAUCUGUCGCUGUUUCUAGCAACAGCGAAAAUGAGUCCUUAGUUCAAUCCAGCGAAACAACGUCCCCGGAGAGACCGAUUGAAGAUAUCACCCGACGACGAGCGUUGAGAUCCGUCUCACGCGUAAGACAACCUGUUGCACCGAGUGAAACGGACCAGAACGGGGAUACAUCGAUGAUAAUGAAACGAGUACGCGUCAAGAAGAAACCAUUAUGCGCCUGCUGCUCGUCCGAACAGCAUGACGUUGCCCAAACAGUUGCUCCCACAAACGUGCCAUCGCAACCGAGAGAAUCGCGGCCGCGAACUCGCGAUCCAGCAAAUGUGCCUAGAAACACCAGUACAAUGAGUAAAUCAGCUAUAGUCGUAGCUGAUGCUCCGACCGAACCGAAUUCAACAUCCACUGUCAAGUCCAAAGCCAGAUCCCGAACGCGUCGAAAUGCAGCCCCUAAAAAUAAAGCCACCCGAAGCAAAUCGGAACUACGCUCUGUGCAGUGCAACGAAAGCUUAUCCCGGAGCCAAUCUGUGCCGAAGGAUGCGAACCAAUCCCUCCACGGUGAGAAUGGUCCCACCGGAUCUCAUGUGCCGGUAUAUCGCAAAUUCACCGGAACCACCACCAAUCUGGCACGAUCGGUAAGUGCCAAGAGUUUGAUACUUCUCUCCCCGGAACCAGUGAUGGCGGACGGGGACAUAUACGCGUUUGAUUCGCCCAGUCAACCGGUCGAGGCAACAACGAAAAAGGCCAAGAAAGCAGCGGGCACGGUCAAAAAGCAGAGGACUCGAUCGAAGAGUGCUUCCCAGAAGCGGACUUCGCCGUCUAGGAAAGGACACCAUAACGUGUUCGGAACGGACAUGUAUCGUAUUGGGAAGGUGCUGAGAAAGAUUGGAGGUGGACCUGUGCGACAGAAAAGGGACGACGUUUCAGCGGGAGGCGAGGGAACGAUGGACACCGCGCAGAUCGUCUCCAUUGUUCAGCCGCCAUUGCAGCCACACGCCAACACACAAAAGGCUCGAACUCCCUCACCUGCAUCUCACCACGACUAUGCUGAUGCGGCUGAUGAUCACCACCUCUAUGAGGUCGACGACACGGCGAACGACGCAGAAAACAUUCCCACCGCGGACAUGCCUCUCCCGGUGUCGUCACCGCCCCGUAUCAAUCGCCAACUGCACCGUGUGCUCCAACAAACCGUUCCCGAAGCGAACACUCCGGACAAAACCCAACCGAACGCUACACUCGGAUUCUCUCCGCUAGGUGCUUCCUCUCCCUGGCGUGUACAGGACGAGAAUGUGCUCCCGAAAACUUUCUACUUCUCCCGCUCGCGGGAUCUGCUCCCGUCGUACGAAAGCGACGUUGUCGCCAGAGACGACGAGAGCCGACCGCGGAAAUCACCAACCAGGGAGAGUGUGCCAAUGGCGGUGGCACCCGCACUUGCAAGUAAAACGCCAACCAAAACACGACCCAAUCAACCAGCGCCAGUGACAGCUUCAAAUGCGGAGGCAGUAUUCCGGGGAAUACAAAAAUCCUACGAGCAACUGAAGGUCACGAGCGAAAUGAGCGAAAAAUUGAUCUCUGCCAUGCGAAGCUACAAAACGAACAUCCGCAAUCAGACAGCUUCGUUCUGUGAAUCAACGGAUGACAUAAGGGAGGAUCAGCGACUGAUUGCCAAAUUCCAUGAAUACGAGGAGAAUAUGAAGAAAACUUACCAAAAGCUCAAACAGUGGUACGAACGUUCCCAAUUGGCUUUGAAGCAUUCGAUUCAGUCUAUUGAAAAGGUAUCGACGAUGCCGAAAACUCAGUCCCAGAAGGAAGUGCUGGAUAACUUCCAUCGCGACUCGGAACUCUUUAUAACGAUGAUAAACGAACUCGAGUCCGCUAUGAACGAUUCCAACAUAGAGAAUAUUUCUCCACCGGCGAAAGCGACCAGCAACAAAAAUAAACCUGUCUUUAGGGACAUUAUUCUUUCGGACAGGAACAUUGAUAACAGAAACCGGAGUCCGCUGAAAGCCCUCAAUAUUGUCAAUAUCCCCGCGAAUCUAUCGCCCGUAAAAUCUCCUCUGGUGAAAGCUUCCUUCACAGCAUUCUCCACCAGUGGUAGUAAACAGCAAACUUCACUCAGCCGAAGCAAGGAUCGCCUCAGCAAACUAAGCUUGGUGAGGCCCAUCCAAACCCCGCCACCAGCUCUGGAACCAAGUGUGAUCGAGCUGGCCGACACCUUCGUCGAACCGGAUCGACAGCAUGUGUCCGAAUCAUCAGCCACAUCGAUAGAUUCCGUUGCACCAGUCCCGACAACUAAAUCCAAUCGAGAUUUGUUCGGUUUCGAAACAGAUGACACGGCGGAAGAAGAGGAAUCCCUCGUGGCACCAACGCCGGCCAAAAUUACGAAGGAAACCCUGAAGGAGCGCUUGCAGAGUGUACGCAAACUUUUGCCGACCCGUCCGCCAAGUCGAAACGGGCAAACCAGCGCCAUCCCUGGAAGAGGCACUGCAACCCAAAUGCCGAAAAUAUUCAACAGCCCUCGGCGAUUACGUUCGGUUCGUAAUGCCUUCCUAUCAUCGACACCGAUGGCGGAGAAGAAAAAACAAGCAAACAGGAAAAAUGUGGAACCUGAUCCAAACAUAUCGGCCAUCGCAGGAGAAGGUGAGCCGGAGCAUUCGAACAACAAGGACCAGAAUGGUCGAUUAGAAAAAGAACCGAGCCCAGCGAACGUUGUGCUUUUUCAGGAACCAGAAGAAGUACUGUUCACCUCGUUGACAAGUGUUAAUCGAACCUACUCCCGAAUACCCCGGCGGAAUCACAAGCGAAAGCGGAAUAUAUAUCUUGCCGGGUUAGGUUUAAGUGAUGACGAGGAGGAUGACGUUGAAGACGAUCGUGAAUCAGUGGUAUCGUUAUCGGAGGACGACCAGCAGAUAAACGCCGUGCGGAAGAGGCAGGCCAAAAAGAGGCGUGUCGCCAAAAAUAGGAAGAAGGCCACGGUCGAAGAGACUACCGAGUUUAAAAAUUUCGUGAACGAUUUUAACAGCAUGUGUGAAGAGGUCAAUCGAUAUCAGCUGGUAGUCGAGAAGCCAGAUGUCCGACAACGUGUCUGAAUCGAGGAUUCAAGGCACCCAUUUUUCUCAUCGAUUUGUUUUGAUAUGAUUUUCGUUUUCGUUCCACAAUUAGUCAACAGUAGCUAGCUAGUUUGUAGGCAAUAUUUUACUCUGCACCAUUUAUCUAUUUUUAUCCUAGAAGGAGUUCGUUCUCAACUAUCAAUUGUCUUUAUUUGAGAAAAUAUUUACAUCUACGCAGUUUUGUAUGUGUUUUGGUCAAGAAAAAUGCUGUACUAAUUCA